CUUUUGCUGUUCAUAUUCAUUCCCCCAAGCAUCACUAUGGAGACCCUCAAACGCAUCUGGCCUCAAAUCUUCCCCGCCAAACCCACCCUCACGGGGGCCACCAUGUUUACCCAGCCCGGUCGGGUGGUGAUCAUCACGGGGGCCACCUCGGGGCUGGGCCGGGAGCUGGCCGGGCUUCUGUACGCCGCGGGGGCCACGGUGUACCUGGGCGCCCGCAAUGAAGCCAAAGCCAAACAAGUCAUCCACGACAUCAUCUCCACCACCAUCUCCACCAUUCCCUCUCCCGGCACACUUAUCUACCUCCCACUAGACCUCGCCGACCUCCGCACCAUCCAACCCUUUGUCUCCGCCUUCCUGGCUUCCGCCACCCGAUUGGACCUCCUCUUUAACAACGCCGGGGUGGCCUGUAUUCCCCUCAGCCAACCCACCGCGCAAGGCCUGGAACCUCACCUGGGCACCAACUGCGCGGGUCCCUACCUGCUCACCCGACUCCUCACCCCAAUCCUGACCACCACUGCCCAAGACCCUUCCACCCGGCCCAAUUCCGUCCGCGUCAUCUGGUCCUCCAGCAUGGUCGUCGACUUUCUCGCCCCCACCGGCGGUGUGCCCCCGUCCGAACUGACCACCCCUAACCAAGACCCUAACCACAACUACGCCGUUAGUAAAGUGGGUAAUUGGUUCCUGGCGGCUCGGAUGGCCAAGACCCUGGGAGAAAAGGGCGUGAUCAGCAUCACGCAGAACCCGGGGAAUAUCUACACCCCGAUCUAUGAUCUGGCGCCUAGGUUGUCGGUGUGGUUGAGUAAGCCAAUCUUUUAUACUCCCCAGGAGGGUGUGAAUACGUUAUUGUGGGCGGGCUUUGACGAGGGGAUUACGGUGGAGGAUGGGGGACGGUAUGGGAUUCCGUUUGGGAGGUGGCAUCCAGGUCCAAGGCAGGAUUUGUUAGAGGCUAUGAGGGAGGGAGGGACGGGCGAGGCAGAGGCAUUGGAUAGGUGGUGUGAAGAGGUUACCAGGGAGUUUUGUUAACAUCGCUCCAACCUAGCAUACCUCAGGACGGUAUUGUGACGCCGAUUUUAGAGCAUCUGUUAACAUCUAGUCGUAUCUCCAGGAAACAAGGGGACAGCUGACUACGGAUUUUGUAGUAUCUUGGGAUCAAUCAGUUUUGGGGUUCCAUGUACCCAAUCACAUAAUGCUCAACAUUCUAGAACUCUACGCGAGCU